AGUUGAGUUGUUUGAAUUCGAAAAUGAGAAUGAGAACACGAUUUUUAUCACAAGUAUACCUUAGGUUAGGUACCUUAGGUAUAUUUGCAAGUUGCAUUUGCCCUUGAGUUGAUCCAAGUCUUUUUAAAUUGCGGCGGAGUUUAUUAUUACUAUCUACCUACCCCCUCUUUGAAGUAUAUCUCAAAAAGUGCCAAUAGAUUGGUUCACCGAUGCCAAGGUCGAUAGCACGCCGACGGCCUAGCUGCAGCGUAGGUAUCUUUCACCUUCGUUUUCUGGAAAUUGCCAAGACUCAUAGGCAUACAACGUGGGCUGGAUUGGCCGAUACGACUGGUUAUCUUCCCCCAUCCCAGCUCGGUGGGCGUGAGGCCAAUGGGAAGGUAUCGCAAUGGCUUACUUCUUAAUGCUUGUGGUGCUUAGAUCUAGACCCGCGUUCCUGCAGGCCGGCGAUAACUAGGUUCGGAGCAGACGUCCACUUUUCAUAUGCGCACGUCGAAAUGCACGUGGUGCCUCUGCAUAGAUAGGAGUAUAUAUAGUAUAGUAAUAUCCCCUUCGUCAUUCGGAUGAGGUAUCAGGGUUACAGCAUUUUUUUGGUAACAAGUAUACUAGGUAGGUAUCAGAGUUGUUGGGAGGGCUGCUACCAUAAUGAAGACCACCACCUCGUUUCUUAGGUGGCUUGUGGCCCCCUUACUCGUGGCUACCAGCGUUUCUGGAGAGUCGAUUGCGCAGAUCAAUGGCGACCACUUCCUAUCGCCACUUAAUGGCCAAACUGUUACCAAUGUCACGGGGAUUGUGACCGCAAAGGGCCCCGAUGGUAUCUGGCUUCGGUCCAUCAAGCCGAGUCGCAAUAAGCGCGUCUCAGACGGCUUGUACACGUACGGCUCGGUGCUUGCCAAGAACGCCAGCAUCAGUGUUGGUGACGUUCUAGUCGUCGACGGGAAGGUCAGCGAGUACCGCACCAGCAAGGAUUAUCUGUAUAUGACAGAACUCACGUCACCAAAGGUCAGAGCUAUCCUAGAACGAGGAAGGAAGGUCGAGCCCCUCGUGAUCGGCAAAGGGGGCCUCAAGCCGCCGACAAAACAGUAUUCUGGUCUCGACAACGGCGACGUAUUCGCCGUGCCGAACAACCAGAGCUUGGUCUCCGUCGAGAACCCUCUAUUAGAACCCGGGUUAUACGGCUUGGAUUUCUGGGAGAGUCUGAUGGGCGAGCUGGUCACGAUCGAGAGCCCCCGUGCAGUCGGCCGACCCAAUAAGUAUGGAGACACGUGGAUCGUCGGGGACUGGGAUACGACCGGCGAUAAUAACCGCGCGGGUCUUACCGUCUCGGCCGCAGACGGCAAUCCCGAGGCCAUCCUCAUCGGCAGCCCGCUCGACGGGACCAAGAACCCGCAGGACACGAAGCUCGGCGACAAGCUAGACGCCAUCACCGGGGUCGUGUACCAAGCCUUCGGGUUCUACCGCAUCCUGCCGCUGACGAACAUCAGCGUCGUCGAGUCGCUCGCUCCCGCGACGGCUCCGCCGACGUCCCUGGUGAGCGAGGGGACGUGCCAGGGCGUCACGAUGGGCAGCUACAACGUAGAGAACUUGUACGGCGGGGACGCGGCUCACGUGCAGGCCGUGGCGAGGCACGUCGUGCAGUACAUGCGCACGCCGGACCUGCUCGCGGUGCAGGAGAUCCAGGACGACAGCGGCGAGACGGACGACGGCACCGUGGGCGCGGACGAGACCCUGGCCGCGCUCGCGGCGGCCAUCCGGUCCUUCGGCAACGGCAACGGCAACGGCAACGGCAACAAUAACAACACCGCCGCCGCCGGUGGCGUCGCCUACAACUACACGUACAUCAGCCCCCUGAACGACGAGUCCGGCGGCGCCCCCGGCGGCAACAUCCGUGUCGCGUACCUGUACCGCACAGACCGGCUGCGGCUGCGGAACCCGAACCCCGGCAACGCGACGACGGCGAACGAGGUGCUCCCCGGCCCCGAGCUCAAGUAUAACCCUGGCUUUGUGGACCCGUCCAACGCGGCCUGGACGAAUAGCCGGAAGCCCCUGGCCGCUGCGUGGGAGCUGGUAGGUAGUGGUAGUAACAACAGCAGCAGCAGCAAAGCAAGUAAAGCAAGUAAAGCAAGCAAGACGCUGUUUACGGUGAACGUGCACUGGGGCUCUAAGGGCGGAAGCUCCUCGCUACACGGCGACGCCCGGCCGCCUGUGAACGGGGGCGUGGAGGCCAGGCUUGCGCAGGCCGAGGCUACAGCCACCUUCGUGGCCUCGAUCCUCUCGGAAGACCCGGCGGCCGCGGUCGUGGCGCUCGGCGACUUCAACGAGUUCGCGUUCGCGGCGCCGGUGGCCUCGUUCGGCUCGCGGUCGGGCCUCGCGGACCUGGACGAGGCGGCGGGGGUCCCGCCCGCCGAGCGGUACACGUACCUGUACGACAUGAACGCGCAGGAGCUGGACCACGUCUUCGUCAGCCCGGCGCUCGCCCGCGCGCAGCGCACCCGCUUCGAGCACGUCCACGCCAACACGUGGGCGGCCUACGCGGAUAUGACGUCCGAUCACGACCCGAGCGUCGCUAGGUUCGACAUCUGCUAACUACCUAACCUUAUGUACCUCCUAUCUAAGGUAGAGGGUAUUUUGGUUUAUAAGAUUAUAGGGGCGUAUGUGUAAAUAGAAGUAAUACUCACCUAAGCUAAUACACAAAAGGGGGGGGGGGUGUAAAGGUACGUGAAGCUUGAGUUGGUGCGACAGUUAGUCAUGAUUAGCAAUAUAUUUCCGAGUAUAAUAUCGCG